AAUAAAAGAGCAGUUUGAACCAAAUAAACCUCAUCGAGAUAGUAGAGUUUGGCAAUGGCAACAUGUCGAGCUCAGGGUGUAGCUUCAAUUUUAGCCAUCGGCACAGCAAAUCCACCCAACUGUUUCUACCAGGCCGAUUAUCCUGACUUUUACUUUGGAAUCACCCAAAGCGAACACAUGACACAGUUGAAAGAAAAGUUCAAACGCAUUUGUGAAAAAACAACAAUAAUAAAACGUUACAUGUACCUCAAUGAAGAUAUUAUCAGAGAGAACCCGAGCAUAGCUACAAGCAACGCCCCAUCCUUGGAUUCGCGUCAAGAAAUUCUAGUUCCUGAAGUACCAAAAUUAGGAAAAGAAGCUGCAGUUAAAGCAAUCAAAGAAUGGGGGAAGCCAAUCUCCAGAAUCACACACCUUAUUUUCUGCACUUCAUCAGGAAUAAUCAUGCCUGGUGCGGACUUUCGACUUACUCAACUCCUCGGGCUUAACCCAUCGGUUAAACGGUUCAUGUUGUAUCAAUCAGGCUGUUUUGCUGGUGCUGCCUCGCUUCGGCUAGCGAAGGACAUUGCAGAAAACAAUGUUGGUUCACGCAUUCUUAUCGUGUGCUCUGAAAACAUGGUUACAUCUUUUCAUGCACCAUCCGAGACCCAUUUGGACAUACUAGUGGGAUCCGCUAUAUUUUCUGACGGGGCGGCCGCGGUGAUUGUAGGUGCUGAUCCUGUUCUUGACAGUGAGCAUCCGUUGUUUGAACUUGUGUCCGCGUCACAGACAAUUAUCCCAGAUUCGGAGGAUGGGAUAAUAGGAGAAGUUCGUGAAAUAGGGAUGAAAUAUUACUUGUCUAAGGGGUUAUCCGAAAUCAUCGCUCGUAAGAUCCAGCAAUGUAUGGUUGAAAACUUUACUCCAUUAGGCAUCAAUGAUUGGAAUUCAUUGUUCUACAUUGUGCACCCUGGAGGGCCAGCCGUUCUUAGAGUCGUGGAAGAGAAUCUCGGCCUGAGCAAAGGAAAAUUGAAGGCGAGUUGGCAUGUGCUACAGGAGUAUGGAAACAUGUGGAGUGCCGGUGUGCUGUUUGUUCUUGAUGAAAUCAGGAAAAAAUCAAUGAAAGAAGGAAAGCCCACCACUGGAGAAGGGUUGAACUUGGGUGCUUUGUUCGGGUUCGGACCAGGUGUUACCGUAGAGACCGUUGUGCUGCGCAGCGUCGCCAUUGAUUCCCCUUUCUCGAGCAUUGCAUAGUAUGGAAUAUUGUUCCGUGCACCUAAUAAAAUGCAGCAACUGAAAUAAGAGAGAUGCAGAAACUCUGUAAAAACAAAGUUUCACAAAACCUUUACUCUGUACCGUUGCCGUUAGAGAUAUCUGCACUGUUCUACUUCUACUGACAGGAAUACUC